CGCCGCCCCCUUCCCGGCAGACCUGGGCAGACCUGGGUCAGGGUGUCCCUAGGAUCGCCGCGGCACCCUGGGAAACACACCUCCACCUAAGAGAGAACUUCUGGAGCGCGGGCUGAUGGGAUGAAAUCCGUGCGCCUUCGCCACGCGCACAGCCAUUUUCCAUGUAGUUCAUCUCUGGGUAGGGGGCCUCCACGGGCCGGAGUUAGGAAGCCUGUGGUAUGAGGCGUUUUUCCUCCCACAACCGCCUCUUCCGUGCCACCCCUUCUGCAGGUGAGCAGCCCGAGGCCCAGAAAGGGCACCGCCAAGGGCAUCAUGUUCCGGUGCAGCGCCAGCUGUUGUGAGGACAGCCAGGCAUCCAUGCAGCAGGUGCAUCAGUGCAUUGAGCGCUGCCAUGCGCCUCUGGCUCAGGCCCAGGCCCUGGUGACCAGCGAGUUGGAGAAAUUCCAGGAUCGCCUGGCCCGGUGCACCAUGCAUUGCAAUGACAAAGCCAAAGACUCGAUGGAUGCAGGGAGUAAGGAGCUUCAGGUGAAGCGGCAGCUGGAGAGCUGUGUGACCAAGUGUGUGGAUGACCACAUGCACCUCAUCCCAUCCAUGACCAAGAAGAUGAAGGAGUCUCUGUCAUCCAUGGGGAAAUGAGAGUCUUUGCCAAUGCCAUUGGGGAUGAGGGCAGGAAUCCUUACACAAGAGGACUGGGAAUUUUGGUCUUUUAAGUGAAGUUUGUGAAUGAAGUAAUUAAGGAUGGCAGCAAGGUUAAGGAAUAUGUCACCCGCCUCUGAACACUGGUUCCUUUAUAUACUUCAAUCCAUAUAAAGUGAAAUGGAAAAAAACUGGUGCUAACAUUUGUAUCAGAGAUAGCACAGGAGUGUUUUUUAAAGCCUAAGUUUCAUGUGGCAAGUGCUUGUCCUGGCAUUAGGAUGCUCCUUGCCGUACCAAGCCAGAGCCCUCCAACAUACCAGAUUCUUCCUAGUACACAGGUACUAACAGGCUGGCAGUUUCCUCUAACUUGUCUGUUUGAGGAGGGGUAUUUUUUUGUUGCCAGCCUCCUGUUUACCAGAAGUAUCAUCACAGCAUAUUCCAUAAGUUAUAAAACAAAAUCCUUGAGGUCACUAAUUUAGACAGGGAAAAAAAGGUUUCUGGGUCUUUGAUUUACUUGAUUUUGUUUUAUAUACAGUAAAGGCCUGAAAUUGGUUAAGAUGUGGAGUUGUGAGAAAAGGGUACUUCAAAAGGCUCCUUGUGGAUAACCUUAUCUGGCCAUCAAGAUGUAGUUGUUUUUUUUUUCUUGAAAUUCUCACACAUUACAUCUUUUAGCCUGGAGUCCAUGCAAAAACAUGAGAAGUGGUGUGACACCAGGUGUAGGAAGCAGAGCUUCUCUCUGACUGUCAUGAUGACCCCUGAAGCUGUCUACAGAAAGCAAAAGGAUAGUUUUGCAGUGAUGCUGUUCCUUUGAAGGGAAAGGGAGUUUUAAUAGGGAUAUAUACUCAUAUCUGGGAAUGAAUAGUGAAAGAGGAACUGUUGGCUGCUUAAGAGUUGUAAUUACUGGAUUUGGAAAGACCUGGUUUUUCAUGGAACAGAAUGAAGUAAAAGCCUAAACCCUGCUUAGCCCCCUAAAAUAAUAAAUUGUCUUGAGACAAUCCUCUGGUAACAGUAAGGGAGAAAAAGUAAGCAACUCAGGGGCUUGGGUAAGCUGUGAUUCCCUUACUGCAAAGGAGGGGCAGCUCCCAUUACCAAAUACCACAUUGAGCCUGGGGCCUCUGCAACAUGCCAUGUCCCUGCCUCAGCACUGACACCUUAUCAUUUUGACAAGUAUCUUGUCUACCAGCUUAUUACUUGAAGUGAUAGUAUAGCCUGUCUGUUUGCUGUUGCGAGACUGUGAUGUAUUUUCCUAGUGGUUUGGUUUAAAAAAUAAACAAGGUUUAAUUUUUU